AUGUCAGGAAAAAGCUGUCUAAUGAUUAGAGCUAUCCGAAAGGAGAAUGGGUUGCCCGAAGAGCUGGCGGAGUCCUCCUCCUUGGAGGUUCUCAAGCAGAUGUUAUCUGGCCACUUGCCAAGUAUGUUCUGGGAUUUCCGCGCUUGCGCACUCUCUUCUCCCCCUCCCCCCCUCCCGCGCGCUCUUCAGUUCCCUCCUCUCGGGGCCGCGCCUUCCUCUCCAGGGCCACCGCCGCCGCCGCAGUGUGUGGUAUUUAGCGGGAACGCGCGGCAGACUCGAGCACGAGCGAAGCGGCGGCGGCUGAGGCAGCAGAGGGAGCCGCGACGGCGGCGGCGGUUGCAGGGCGCGUUCUCGAGAGGCAGCGGCAGCGGCAGCAGCAGCAGCAACAGCAGCAGCAGCAGCAGCAGCAGCAGCAGCAGCAGCAGCAGCAGCAGCAGCGUGUCUCGUCGGGCGGCGCCGCGGCCUCUGUGUGAGGGGGAGGCGGAGGUGGCGGCGGCGGUGGCGGGGGCUGGAGGUAGCGGCGGUGAGGUGGAGGAGGAGGAGGAAGAAGAAACGGAGAAAGCCGCGCGUUUGAGACGGAGCGAGAAACGGGGCCCCGGUCGCGCUCUCCGCCCACCGGAACAGUGGAGUGAUUACAUUUGGACUCAACAUUCCAGUCUAAGGAGUGCUUAUAGAAGAAGUGAAAAUGGCACUAAGGAGAACAAUAUGAGAAAAGCAGUUAGACUACAACAAAUAUAAACAGAGAAGAGGUCUGUGCCGAAGUUAUCACAGUAUUAUUGAUGGAUUCAUUUUCAAGGUAUCUGAAGGAAGAGGAGAUACCAGAGGCAAGCAAAAAAUACCCUCAGACCUUAUUUUUAUCA